AUGAUUGAUGGAUGGCCGUGGCCACUGGCCACAUUGGCCCUGGCCGUGGCUCUGUUAGCCAGUGAGACAUCAAGAAAUUUAAAGAUUCAUCAGAGAGUUCACACUAGAGAGAAGCCGUACAGCUGUGAUCAAUGUGGGGCAGCUUUCACACAACAGAGGACCCUAAAAAUCCAUCAACGCAUUCACACUGGAGAGAAGCCGUACAGCUGUGAUCAAUGUGGAGCAGCUUUCACACAACAGAGUACCCUAAAAAUCCAUCAACGCAUUCACACUGGAGAGAAGCCGUACAGCUGUGAUCAAUGUGGGAAAACCUUUUCUCGUGGUGAUGCCCUUAAAUCUCACCAGCGCAUUCACACUGGAGAGAAGCCGUACUCGUGUGAACAAUGUGGGGAAACUUUUUCUCGGAGUGAUGCCCUUAAAUCUCACCAGCGCAUUCACACUGGAGAGAAGCCGUACUGGUGUGAACAAUGUGGGAAAACCUUUUCUGAAGGUGGUAGCCUUAAAAAACACCAUCGCAUUCACACUGGCGAGAAGCCGUACUCGUGUGAACAAUGUGGGAAAACGUUUUCUAGGAGAGGUAACCUUAGAUCUCACCAGCGCAUUCACACUGGAGAGAAGCCGUACAGCUGUGAACAAUGUGGAAAAAUGUUUUCUCAUAGUAGUAGCCUUGAAUCUCACCACCGCAUUCACACUGGAGAGAAGCCGUACUGGUGUGAACAAUGUGGGAAAACCUUUUCUCGUAGUGAUCACUUUAAAAAACACCAGCUCAUUCACACGGCCUCGUUGUGAACAUGUUUCAGAGCCAAGCUGUUUCCUCCUCCUCAUGCCCUGAUAGCUGUGUUGUUAUAUUCUGAUCUUCUCUCCACAUUGAAGGCUGACCAGCAGUAACUCUAUCUUCUGAACAGCGUGGAUGUUGUCCUGGCUAUGACUACAUAUUACGCUCCUUCCCUUUGAAGGGGUAGUCCUGUCAUUCAUGUAAAUAGUUUUAACCCUCUGCUUUGAACCGGAUCCCACACGCCUCUUCAGUGGAUCAGAUUUAAGUCUGACUCUUCAGUCCCAUUAAAACAGCUGGUUUGAUUCAGGGUAAAGUUUAAGAGCUGAAGAAGGCUGUGGAAUUUGGUCAAAAGCUCCAAUUGAGAGAAUGUAAGCCUUGUGGUGAGAAUAAUCUGUUAAAGAUGUGUUCCCAUUAUUUUUUGGUGUCUGCCUUAUACAUAUUCUUUUUAUUAUUCUUAGUUUAACAUGAUCUUUUCUUA